AUGCAAGAAAAGGGACAAGAACCUCCCAAUUAUCCAAUCUUGUCGAAAUUGGGACAAAGUGACGACUCUCACCGUGUACCCGCCGAGUCCCAGGGUGGAAAUCUUGAUGCACAGCCGCAUUCGGUGGUAUCUAAACCCGAUGAAGGAAGUGAAGAUCUCAGUGCCUUUCUUCCCUUGGGAGUACUUGACUCGAAAACAGGUACGGAGAAAUAUGCCGCCGAAAUAUCAAUCUUGGAAGGGAGUUCUUGGAUUCGAGCACGGGUGAAGAAUGACAACACCCGAAUUUAUGUCGAUCCAAAACUCACCCGCCGCAAUAAUGUCCAAAAGUCUAUCAAGAAGCUGCGGGCAGCUUUCAAAAUAUUGAUGUCGAAUAUUGAUGCCUCGGAGGAAUCUUGGGAAGGUCGGCGCAAAGCAAUAACCAAGGACUCUGACGACGACUCUGACAAAGAUGAAUCCUUGUGGUACAUUUUCAAUACGCUACAGGACCCAGACCCGCGUCCAGAUUUGAUCAAGGACAAAUGGUCGCAGCAGGCCGCGUUGGAUCUACUGUCAGGCGAUGACUUCUCGGAAUUUGGUCUCAAGACUCCACUUCAUCCGUAUCAGCGUCGUUCUGCGGCUGCCAUUGUGCAGCGGGAGGUCCAGCCUGCACAAGUUCUGGAUCCUCGUCUACAAGCCUACCGCACUCCGACUGGGAAGGAAUACUACUACGAUAGAGAAGAUGCCUGCAUAUUUCUAGAAAAGGCAUUGUAUUCAGAAGCGUGUGGAGGUAUCCUUGCCGAGACGAUGGGUUGUGGCAAAACAUUCAUCUCCCUUGCCGUCAUCUGGGGGACCAGAGGCCAUGUGCCAAAAAUACCGAUCAGGUAUCUCUUAACAGAAGAAAACGACCAAACGCCAGUUCGAGAAAAGACGGGAUCUCUGAUGGAAAUGGCGGCGGCUGCCGCGGGCCGGCAUUCCGCUCCAUGGAAAAUGUUCUUCGAACAGAAGAAGCUUCAAGGCACGUACUAUGAACGAUGUAUGAAGGCAUGCAAGCGCAACUGUGGAUAUUACGAGAUCCCUCCGCAUCAAACUAGGUAUCAGGGGCGACGCAGCAUGUCGUACCCGCGGCCACCGUCCAAGCGCAUUCGCCUUUGCACAGCAACGCUGAUUAUCGUCCCGAAUAACCUGGUGGAUCACUGGAAACAUGAGAUUCGCCAACAUACAACAGAUCUAAAUGUUUUGACCCUACAACAGGGACCGGAGAAGGAUAAGACGCCAUGUGCGGACGACCUGCUUAACUACGAUAUCGUACUUUUUUCCAAAACACGGUUCGAGAAAGAAGCCGGCGAGCCAGUCAAUAACCGGCGUGAAAGAUUCGUGCAGAUGGACUCACCACUUACAGAACUUCACUGGUUGCGUGUCAUUGUUGACGAAGGGCAUAAUGUGGCGGGACACGGUUCAAAAACCAACAUGAUCCAUUUACUUGGGCAAAUGCACAUUGAGCGCCGGUGGGUCAUAUCAGGAACUCCAUCGACCGGACUCUACGGAGUUGAAAUCAGUCUUGCUACGCAGGAAGCCGCGACUAGUGAUACGGACUCUCCUGGAGAUGUAACGGCCGUUGCUCUGCAAGGCCGAAAGAAAACCGGAAACGCAGUAGAUAGUGAGCUGAAAGACCUCGAUCGGCUAAGACGCAUGGUGACCGGAUUUUUCGAGUUACAGCCAUGGUCGAACUCGAAGGAUAAUGAUCCGGCAGACUGGACGAAAUACAUGAAACCGAUCGGCCUGGAUGGCAAGCGUCGCAAGUCCCCAGCCAUUCGGGCUACGUUACAAGGCCUCGUGGUACGACAUCAACUUGAAACUCUGAACAAAGAGAUUUCUCUUCCGGAUCUAUACAACCGAGUUGUCUACCUGGAACCCACAUUUCAUGACCGACUUUCUAUAAACCUGUUUCUUUUUGGCCUCGCGGUCAACGCCAUUACCUCUGAACGACAAGGCCCGGACUACAUGUUCGACUCCAAGAAUCGGAAACAUCUGAACCAAAUCAUAAAUAAUUUGCGACAAGCUGGAUUUUGGUGGGCAGGGUCCGAGAUGAACCCCCAAGACUCUAUUGACCAUGCGAUCAAAUACAUGGAUAAGAAUCGGGAGAAGAUGACACCAGAUGAUAUCAACCAGUUGACCAACGGGAUGAACAUUGCUCGAAUGGCAAUGGAGUCUGGAAGCUGGCGCGAAUUUAAGCAGCUUCACGAACUGGGCGUCUUUCUGCAGGAUUUUCCCGAAGAAAACCGUGCACACUGGGCACUAGACUCGAAUUCGGAGGAAGAGCCGCUUUUAAUCGGAAUCACCCAGGCUCGACGGGCACAACAGUUUGUCACCCAGAACCUGCGAUCGCAAGAUCCUACUCAGGGACUGUCAGGCGCCGGGAUCAAAGUUCGCGGUGAACUUGAAAGAAGAGAUCAGCGUGCCCCGGCGAAGGGCGCCCCCGAGUCCGCCAACACACCGACAUCCACAUCCUCCACGCCGGGCCACCUUAAUCACAGCACAAAGCCUCAGAGUCAUAAAUCGCCCAAGAAGACCUUCAAGCAAAACCUUUUCCGCACCUUACCUUCCUCAUCCCCGCUCAUGAAAACGAAAUUCGUGGCCACAUCAUCGGCAAAACUCACCUAUCUCUUGGACCAAGUACUCCGCUGGCACAAAGAAGAGAAGAUAAUCAUCUUCUACGACAACAGCAACUCAGCCUUCUGGAUCGCCGAAGGCCUAGAACUUCUAGGAAUCGAGUUUCGCAUUUACGCUAGUACACUGAAACCCGAGCUCCGAACACAAUACCUCGAACUCUUCCGCGAAUCGAGCGACAUCCGCGUACUACUGAUGGAUUUACGACAGGCCUCGCACGGAUUGCACAUCGCCCAUGCCUCGCGCGUAUACAUAAUCAAUCCAAUUUGGCAACCCACGGUAGAAAGCCAGGCCAUAAAACGUGCACACCGAAUCGGUCAGACCAGGCCUGUUCACGUCGAGACGUUAGUUUUGCGGGAUACAUUAGAAGACCGCAUGCUCCGGCGAAGGAAGGAGAUGUCGGAUAUGGAAAUGCAGCACGCAGAGCGGAGUUUACUGGACGAUACGGCUAUGAAUGAUAUCAUUCAAAGAGAGCCCUUUUUGCCAAUGACAGAUGAAAACGGCAAACGUAUUGCUGAGGCAAUGUAUCUGCAACAACCGACCACAUUCUUCGAUCGACACCCAUUGCCGAUCCCGGAUGAGGUGAGAAAGGAAGAGGUUGGAGUGCGCAAUGCUUCUAAGCGGACUCGACUCGCUGAGUCGGAUGCCGAUGAUACUGAUCUGCCAGAGUCGAGAAUGAGCCCAACGCCAAAAAGGCCGCGGAUCGGGUUUGCUGCUAGUGUGCAGAUUAUUGAGCCGGAGACUGAAGUGGAGUCGGAUUCUGUGCUGGCUCCGACUCCGAGUCCUCGGCUGGAUUCUAUGGCACAGCUUUCAUCAUUCAAUGAUCGGGGUGGUGAUUCUCCUGUACCAAGGCGAAAGUCGCUGUUUGGCCCGUAA